AUGUCUAGCAUAGGUUAUAGUCCAAAUGUUGUUGUAUAUACUACGUUGAUUGAUGGGUGUUGUAAGGAUGGUGAAGUUGAAAAGCCAAAGGAAUUGUUCUAUAAAAUGGAAGAGCUGGGUUUGGUUGCUAAUCAGGGAAGGUUUUCAGAGGGAGAUAUAGAUAGAGCAUUGCUCAAUCUAUUUUCUGUUCAACUCCGACUUGGUCUUUUUGAUGGAGCUCCUGCGAGAAAUCGAUCCCCGAACUUUGGACCUCGAGACGUAUGUUCUUCAGAGCACAAGAAGUUGGCUCUUGAAGCGAGGGCAAUACCAUACAACUCCACAAAGUUUAACGAGUGGGUUGCAGAGGCAAAAGCACCGGCAGUUCCAGGAGCGCUUCGUCUAUAUAGAACAUUGUUAAGUCUCGGGUUCAAAAUUGUCUUCUUAUCAGGAACCAAAGAACAAUUCAGAGAGGUCAGGAUAGCAAAUCUGAAGGCAGUUGGUUACCAUACUUGGGAGAAGCUCAUUCUCAAGGAAGAUGCUGAUAAGGGCCUCACAGCAUUGGCUUAUAAAUCUAAAAGGAGGACAGAGCUAGUAAAUGCAGGAUACAGAAUUCUUGGAAAUUCUGGAGACCAAUGGAGUGAUAUUCUUGGCAACAAUACUGGCAACCGAACGUUCAAAAUCCCCGAUCCCAUGUAUUACAUUGGGUGA